AUGGACACCACAGAGAAGCAGACAAGCGAGAAAAUUUCGACGUCACCGUCGAGCCGGCGCAGCAGCCGAAGUGCCGGUUCCAAGCGGCGCGGUGACGCCAGUAUCAGUUCGAAAGCUCGCUCGAAGGACAAGCGUUCCAGGGAGAGGUCCGAGAUCGACAGCAAGGUCGACACCGACAAGAGCGGGUCUUCCUUUAGCACCACGGAAACGCACAAGCACAAGUCGAGGAAGGGCAAACGGAAGAACAAGGAAAAAAUGGACGACGCCUUUGGUACAUCGAGUACGGCAGGCGUAACUAGUGCAGCCACGUUCCCGGAGUUCUCGCCGGGGCCGAACCUGACCAUAACGCCGACUCCUGCGAUCGACGUUGAGUCCGUGAACACUACCGUGGGCAAACUGAAGGGCGCCUCGGUAGACUUGUACGGCGUGAAGCUCCACCGCUGGCUCGGCGUGCCUUACUCCCAGCUUGGAGUUAGAAGUAAACGCUUCGCGUUCGCACAGCCUGUGAAAGCAAGCAGUCGCAUCGCUCUUGAUGCAACCGAGCCGAGCCCACCGUGCGCCCAGGUCAUCAACGACACACUACUCGGCCGCGAGGACUGCUUACGCGUGAACGUGUGGGCGCCUGCCCAGGACUCGGCAAAUGGUGCCAAGAGGCCCCUCCUUCUGGCCAUGACGCAGGACUGGUUCUCGAAGGGUACAAACAAUUUGCUCGAAUGGGAGAGACUGGCUGCGAAAGCCGACGCGGUGGUGGUGUCUCCUAACGUGAGACUGGGCGUACUCGGUUACCUUGGCCGGACAAGUCCAGCAGAGUUGGGCGCUGACCUGGCCAUCAAGGACGCCGUGGUCGCUGUCCGUUGGGCGCUGGACAACGCCGCCGCAUUUCACGCCGACCCGUCCAAGCUGAUGCUUGUGGGUCACGGCUCCGGUGCCUACGUUCUGACGGCAGCCGCUCAAGCGCUGAAGCUGAACUGCCUGAGAGCCGUGCUGGAAGGACCCGUCCCUGGAUCAGUGUUACCAACAAACACGGACACGGUCGACACUUGGGAGAAGCUGGCCACUGUUCUUGGCUGCCGUGGAAACAGCGAGUCAGAGUGGGAAUCUUGUUUCGAGGACGCCGAGCUCUCAGACCUGCUUGCAGCUACGGCCAGAGCUACGUACCCCUUCGCACCUCGAUGGAACCCGAGCGAGUGGCCAGCCAAACCCGUUUCCAUUCAGGUGCAAGAAGUCGUAACUGGCGUCGACGUCGACGAGGUUAGAAAUAGUCUUGAAUCGUUGCGCAUUGUGCAAGAAAUGACACGACGAAGGCGGGCCACGUGA